AUGACCCGGCCGCAAAUUAUCCGUGCUGACACCAUUGACCUGCAACCCGCCGACGCGCCGUCCGCCCAGACUCACCGCAGGCUGACCCCUGACGGCUCGAUCGCUCCACAUCAAGCAAGCACCCUUCGCGAAGUCGCGGCAGAGACUGCAGAGGAAAUUCUCCGGAGCCCUCGUCCCUCGUGGCACGCAGAACCGGACAAUCUCGAGCAACAUCCGCUUGUGCUUGAUUCGCACGACGGCACCGCAUCGACCAUGCCGCUCUCAACCCAGCACGAUGCCUUGGCCAUCGCCCAGAAUGGCGGCUUAUCCGGGAACGAGAUCGACGAUCCUAACAUGGCCGGCGACGACGCCGUUGACAUUGAGGAUGACCUGAUUGACAGGAUCUCGAGCUCGCCCUCGAUCGAGGAUGGUGGGUCGCCUCUCGCUCUUCCGACUCUUCCUUCAACCAGAUACCAAGGCCCCCCUCUAGAGCCAGCCGCAGUGCGGAGCUCAUCACCAUCUAUGUCGGAAGCCAGUGACCCUGGGUCAUCUUCUCCAUACCUUGAGGGUCCUGUCUACCUUCCGCUCGGAUUUGGGGCCCAACACGACCGUGGCCGGAAAGUUUCCAGGCCGCUGUUUGACUAUGUUUCUAGCUCGAGUCGCCAUCAUCAUCUUGACGGUGAGUCUCGAUUACGCGCCAUCUCUGCCGCCAGGCCAUCGACCUUACAAUACGAGCACUUGGAUCCCUCGGACUCCGACGACGGGCUUUCCACGAUCCCCGAAGAGGAUAGUUAUAUUUUCGAAGAUGCGAACCACGAGAACAAGAAUGUGACGUCCUUUAACGGCCAGUUAAGAGGAGGAAGCUCCAAGGUGUACAACUGGCGAGAUCCCCCAAUUGAAAAUUGCGAGCCGCACAAUAAGCGCGACCGCAGGCUUAGCAUCAACCACGAUGGUGCCCGCGACGACCGAAAGUGUUACUGGAUAUCGGCCGAGGACGACGAUCUGACCUUACCAUAUGAGUCUGCUGAAGAUGAUGAUGGCGACUUUUCUGAUGUUUCUGAUUCCAGGUUUGUCGACUCAGGCUGGGGAGGCGAAUGCUUACAAGAAACAGAAGAUAUUGAUUUCGACUUUGUCUACGCCCUUCAUACGUUCGUCGCGACCGUUGAAGGUCAGGCCAAUGCGACGAAGGGCGACACUAUGGUGCUUCUCGAUGACAGCAACAGCUACUGGUGGCUAGUCCGCGUUGUGAAGGAUAGCAGUAUAGGUUACCUGCCGGCCGAACACAUUGAGACACCGACAGAAAGGCUGGCUAGGCUGAAUAAGCACAGGAACAUAGAUCUCUCUGCUUCCAUGCUUACGGAUACAACCGAGAAGCCCAAGUCGAAGAACCCUCUGAAGAAAAAGAAGAACAAAACCGUCCAGUUUGCCGCUCCCACUUACGUUGACUACACCGAUCCUGAGUAUUCGGAUGAAGAGGAAAAUGUUGACGACCUGGCUACCCAGCAAUUGCAGCAAGAGCAGCAUCAGCAUCAGCACCAGCAGCAACAGCAACAGCAACAUCAGAUGCAGCAGCAGUCUUCUCUUGACUCUGAUAUGGAAGACGAGUCGGCAAGGGUUGAGCCGUUGAAGCCAAGGUCACAACAGAGGGACACCAAGACUGAGACAAAGAAACCGGAGACCAGCCGUGAGGAGAACAAGACCGGCGUACGCAUAUCUGAGUACGCCGAUUCAGCCUCGGAAUGGCCGCGAAAGACUAGCAACGGCACUGUUCGGGAUUCCUUCUUCAAGGAUGACACUGUAGAGACCAAGAAGAUCACCUUGACGCCCAAUCUCUUGCGUGACGACGAACCCCGGACGUCCAAUGACUCUCUACAAUCAAAGCAGCGACCGAGCCUGGAUAAGCUUGAUGGGAACGACAAGAAAAAGAAGAAAGAAAAGGAGAAGGACAAGAAGUCAGGCGGCUUACGGGGUUUCUUUUCUAGGAGGGAUAAGAGAGGAGGUAAAGAGGAAGAGGACGACAUACUUGGCAGGCACACGGACGACAAAGAUGAGGAGGAUGAUAAUCUGAUCGAAAAACCCGCUCAAAGACAACCCAGCAAGCUGCAGAAGCCGCAACCGCGGGUCGAGCCAUCGCCCGCCAGGAGAUCAAACAGCAUAUCCAGAGAGCCCGGUGUCGAUAUCAAGACUUUCCUGUCCGAAACAAGGCUCAAUAAUGUUGCCAAUGUCCCUCCAGCAACAAUGCGCUUGGUCGAAUCUAGCCCAAAGUCUUCUCAAGAGCGAAGUGCGCAAGAUCAGUGGCGUCAACGGGAGCAGUCACCUGGUUCAAGAGGAGCUGGUACACGGAGAAAACCCCAGUCGCGCUUGGAAGCCGACAUCGACAACGAUGAGUCCGACGAAGACUUUGCUCUAGAGCCUACACAGAAAGCCCCAAUCCCGGAUGCAAUUAUCCAUCAGCAGCCACAGGCGGUCCAGGACAGGGCUGUUCCGGAAUCGCAACCAGAAGCUUCUCGGGCGGCAGCAAGCAAGAUUUCUCCGGACUCUGCGGCAGCUCACAAGCCCCAAAGCGAGCCGCGAGCCGAAUCGCCCGUCGAUGUCUCACCUGUCGACAACAGCCCUUCUGGGCUCAUCACAAGUGAGGAAGAAGCCGCCCAGGACGCAGCGUCUUCCUCACCCGCCGAGCCUGUCGAGCCCGAAGAGCCGCCUGUCCCUGUUCCCGAGGCGCAGAACCAGCCUCAAGGCAAAGCUCCAAGCACUCGUUCUGUCAUCUCGCCGACUACCAUCAAUACCGGUACCGCCACCGGUAACACCACGGCUUCCAGCUCGCCACGUGUGUCUGAGUCGUGGGAUGAUGUCAGCCUGCGCGCGUUCUUUGACUCUGGAUCUGAGAUACGUGAUAUGCUGGUCUUGGUGUUCGACAAGAACAAUGUGGAUCCGGAUCCAGAUCUGGAUAACCCGUUGGCGUCGUCGCUGUUUAGGGAGGAGAAUGCUAAAUUGGCCGAGAUCACGACGAGGCUGGAUAACAUGCUUGGGGACUGGCUGGCCAGGAAACAGCGGUUGCGGGGCACUGUCUAA